GGGGACCACCCGGCCAGCCGGCCAGGAGCCUGCGGAGACUCCCGGGUCCCCGCGGCGGAGAGGGGCUGGGGGCAGGCGGCCGGGCGGACCUGGCCGGCGCCGAGGGCGGCCGCGGGCGUCCCCAUGCAGGCGCGGCGGCGCGCGUGAGGAGGAUGCGGCAGCGGGCGCCGCGGCGGGCGGAGGAGUAGGCGGCGGUGCCCUGGGGAGGGAGCCGCGCGCGGGCCAGACGGCUCCCGGAGGCUCCGCAGUGCCGCCGCCGUCGCCCGGAAGGCUCCGCGCGGGAGCCAUGUAACCCGCGGCGGGCUCCGGGCUGCUCCGUCCUCGCCCAGCUCCCGGGCCAGCGCGGCAGCGGGGCCACGAUGAAGAAGCAGUUCAAUCGCAUGCGCCAGCUGGCCAACCAGACGGUGGGCAGGGCAGAAAAGACUGAAGUUCUGAGCGAAGACCUUCUUCAGGUGGAGAAGCGCCUGGAGCUCGUGAAGCAAGUUUCCCACAGCACGCACAAGAAGCUCACUGCAUGUCUCCAGGGUCAGCAAGGGGCCGAGGCCGACAAGCGUUCUAAAAAGUUGCCUUUGACAACGCUGGCUCAGUGUUUGAUGGAGGGGUCAGCUAUCCUGGGAGAUGACACACUUCUCGGGAAGAUGCUGAAACUCUGCGGAGAGACGGAGGACAAGCUGGCUCAGGAGCUGAUCCACUUCGAGCUGCAGGUGGAGAGAGACGUGAUCGAGCCCCUGUUUUUGUUGGCCGAGGUGGAAAUCCCGAACAUUCAGAAGCAGAGGAAACACUUAGCAAAGCUGGUGCUAGACAUGGAUUCUUCUCGAACGAGGUGGCAGCAGACUUCCAAGUCUUCAGGUCUGUCCAGCGGCUUACAGCCUGCGGGUGCCAAAGCUGAUGCCCUCAGGGAGGAGAUGGAGGAAGCUGCCAACAGAGUGGAAAUUUGCAGGGACCAGCUCUCGGCAGACAUGUACAGUUUCGUGGCCAAAGAAAUCGACUAUGCAAACUACUUUCAAACGCUCAUCGAAGUGCAGGCCGAGUACCACAGGAAGUCCCUGGCACUCUUGCAGGCCGUGUUGCCUCAGAUAAAAGCACAACAGGAGGCCUGGGUGGAGAAGCCCUCCUUCGGGAAGCCUCUGGAGGAGCACCUCACGAUCAGCGGCCGGGAGAUCGCCUUCCCCAUCGAGGCCUGCGUGACGAUGCUGCUUGAGUGUGGGAUGCAGGAGGAGGGGCUCUUCCGUGUGGCGCCGUCUGCCUCCAAGCUGAAGAAGCUGAAAGCUGCCCUAGACUGCUGUGUGGUGGACGUGCAGGAGUACUCAGCAGACCCCCACGCGAUCGCAGGAGCUUUGAAAUCUUACCUCCGAGAGUUGCCGGAACCUCUGAUGACCUUUGAACUCUAUGACGAGUGGAUUCAGGCUUCCAAUAUUCAGGAGCAAGACAAGAGGCUUCAGGCUCUGUGGAAUGCUUGUGAAAAAUUGCCCAAGGCCAAUCACAACAACAUCCGAUACUUGAUCAAAUUUUUAUCCAAGCUAUCAGAGUAUCAAGAUGUGAACAAGAUGACUCCCAGUAACAUGGCAAUUGUGUUAGGACCCAACCUCCUGUGGCCGCAAGCGGAAGGGAACAUCACGGAGAUGAUGACGACGGUUUCACUGCAGAUUGUUGGGAUCAUCGAGCCCAUCAUCCAGCAUGCAGACUGGUUCUUCCCUGGGGAGAUAGAGUUCAACAUCACGGGGAAUUACGGGAGUCCUGUACACGUGAACCACAACGCCAACUACAGCUCAAUGCCCUCCCCAGACAUGGACCCCGCGGACCGGCGCCAGCCCGAGCAGGCCCGCCGGCCCCUCAGCGUCGCCACGGAUAAUAUGAUGCUGGAGUUUUACAAAAAGGAUGGCCUUAGGAAAAUCCAAAGCAUGGGCGUGAGGGUCAUGGACACGUCCUGGGUGGCUCGAAGAGGCUCCUCGGCCGGCAGGAAGGCAUCCUGCGCCCCACCCACCAUGCAGCCCCCCGCGCCACCCGCCGAGCUUGCUGCACCUCUGCCGUCGCCCCUCCCGGAGCAGCCCCUGGACGGCCCCGCAGCGCCCUCACUGUCGCCAUCGGGCUUGGGCCUCCAGCCUGGGGCCGAGCGGACCAGCACUGCAAAGAGCAAGGAGCUUUCUCCGGGAUCCGGGCAGAAAGGAAGUCCAGGCUCCAGCCAGGGGCCACCUGGUACAGGGACGCAGCCAGGGCCACAAGCAGGCCCCAGCCCCAGCCAGCCACCCCCAGACCAGAGCCCACACACUCUCCGGAAAGUUUCCAAGAAGCUGGCUCCAAUUCCACCCAAGGUCCCUUUCGGCCAGCCCGGGGCUGUGACCGAACAGUCCGCCGGCCAGCCGUCCCCACUCAGCCUGUCCCCCACCCCACCAAGCACCCCUUCACCCUACGGACUGAGUUACCCCCAGGGGUACUCCCUGGCCUCCGGCCAGCUCUCCCCAGCUGCCGCGGCCCCUCCCCUGGCCUCCCCUGCCGGCUUCACAAGCACUGCAGCCAAAUCCCGGCCCACCCCUAAGCCCCGACAGAGACCCACCCUGCCGCCCCCUCAGCCUCCCACAGUCAGCCUGCCAGCCCCGAGUCCACAGUCCACGGAGCACCCCGUGCUGGACGGCAUGGCCCCCGGGGAGAGCAUGUCGACAGAUCUCGUCCACUUUGACAUCCCCUCCAUCCACGUAGAGCUCGGGCCGCCGCUCCGCCUGAGCCCCCUGGAGCACGCUCGGCUACACUCGGUGACAGAGAAGAGGGACUCGGAGGAGGAGUCUGAGAGCACCGCCCUCUGACCCGGCCCGCCCCGCCCCGCGUGUACAUACCCGGGCCCCGCCCACCACACUCCGCCCCGCCCUGGAGCGUCCCGGGCUUGCCGGGCUGCCUCUGUGCGGCUCGCGGUCCCCUCCGGCUUGCGUGGCCCCUGCGGGUGCAGACUUCCUUCGUUCCCUCGGGGUGGUGACUCUGGCCUUUUGUUUGAUCUUUGCCUUUUGACUUUGUGCCUCUUUUGAUCCACUUUAGCCUCCACGCCCAGCGGCGCCCCCUCCGCCCAAGGGCUUCGGUGUCAGAAAGGUCCUUUGCGGGUGUGGGCUGGUGGGGGCAGGGGGCGGCGUGCAGGAGGGUCGGCAUGCCGGGAUCCACCCGCGGCUGCUGCCCGGGCUCUGACACCUCGUGCCUCCAGUGAGGGAGGAGGGUUCCUCUCCCCUACAGCGCACGAGGUCUGGACCCUAGAAGGCCCGCUGCCCAAGCUGGGGUGGGGGCGCAGGGGAGGGGGCCAGCCGGUGUAAAAAUCUUUCAGGCCGCCCUUACUGCGUGGGCUCUAAAGUCAAUGGCUAAAGACAAAGCCUGUUUCAAUUCCUAACAGUUUGACUUUUUCCGACCCCGGGACUGAGCGCUCCCGUCAGGACCUUCUCUUUUGUACUUCUGAGUUUAAAAAGAUGAUCCGGAGGGGGUCUGGAAGGCGCACAGUCCCCCCCACCACCUCCCCCGCACCCCACAGCAACCUCUGCUGACAGUAAUUCCAGCCCCCAGGCUCCCAGAGGCUGGGGGCCGGAGCCUGCCUCUCCCUCCUAGCGGCCAAAGGGAUUAGCAAUAAAUCUGUUUCCCAGAGCACGUGGAGGACAGUAGGGCAGCCUGAGGGGACAUGAGGUGGGUGCCACUGGCCCUGCCUUGUGACAGGCCUCGCUCAGCUGUGGGUCACCACGCUCCCCCUCGGGGAGUCCAGUCACACUUUGGGAUUGAGGGAUUGAGAGAUUCGGGUCAUGCAUGCCAAGUCAAACUUUCCAAUUUUAUCCUUUUAAAAUAGAUGAUAUACCUAUACAGGAUAUAAUAUUUGUAUAUAUGAAAUCUAUAUUUGUUUAAUUUGAGCCAAACUAAAGCAAUGUAUAGGUGUACAAUGAGAAAUUUAAAGGCUUAGUUAUUUUUCCCGACACAGUGUAAGAUAACUCUGCCCCGAUGGGGGGAUUCACCAACUUUGGAUGUUAACAGCUUUGCUCGCUUCCUGGCAAGGAUGAGUACGUCCCCAAUUUGUAAGGGAGCCCAGGGGUCGAAAGUUACCUUUAAAUACAUGUACAAAUAGUUGUUGAAAGUAAUGUUAUUAAAAUAGGUUUAUUAUCCCUGA